AUGGCGAAUGGACAGCAUGAUCUUGAAAGCAUCCUUUCAGCAUGUCUGUCACCAGAGAAUAUGCGCAGAGCCCAGGCUGAGGCUGCUCUGAAGGCACUGUGCAAGCAGCGGGACAUUCUGCUGAUGCUGCUGUCCACUGUGCGGCAGUCAGAGAGCGCAGAAGUGCGCCUGCUGGGGUCUCAGACGCUGCGAAAGAGCAUGAAAACUCACUGGCGCCAACUCCCCAAGCAGGCUCAGGACAGCCUCAAGGUGGGGCUGCUGGAGGCUCUGUCGGCCGAGCCGGUUACGAGUGUCCGGCGAGCGCUGUCAAUAGUGGUGGCGACCAUCUCGCAGACGGACGUGCCGGCUGGGGACUGGCCCACGCUGCUGCCCUGGCUGCACCAGUGCACGCAGAGCGCCAAUGAGGCGCACCGCGAGACCGCCCUCGUGCUGCUGUGCUCCCUCACAGAGACGAUCGGUGUGUACAUGCGGCCGCACUUUGGGGCGCUGGUGCAGGUGGCGUCGGCGGGGCUCAGGGAUAGCAGCGCCCGGGUGCGCGCAGAGGCGCUGGAUGCAGUGUCCACUCUGGUGCAGUGGGUCGGCGAGGAGCCCGAGGUCCGCUUGUUCCGGGAGCUCGUGCCCUCCCUGCUGCAGAUGGCGCAGAUGGGGCUGGCCAGCGGGGAGGAGCAGGCGGCGAUCGAUGCGUGCGAGUUGUUCAUUGACCUCAUAGAGGCGCCUGCACCUGUGAUGGGGCCGGUCAUGCCGGACCUGGUGCGCUGGUGCAUGCAGGUCACCACCACAACCUCCUAUGACCUGGCCACCCGGGAGAUGACCCUGCAGGUGGUGGAAUGGCUGGCCAGGUACAAGCCGAAGCAGCUGGCAAAGUCCGGCACAGUGCGGCCGGUGGUCUCAGCGCUCUGUGGGUUGUGUGCCGAGCCCGAGCCGCCAGAGCAUGACAAUGACGACCAGCAGUCGGCCUCAAAGUUUGCAGCCCAGGCGCUGGAUGUGCUGGCCCUGAACCUGCCGUCCAAGCACGUGCUGCCGGAGGCGCUCUCCUUUGCACAGACCGCCAUCCAGUCUCCAGACCCCCUGCAGCGAGCGGCGGCAUGCACAGUCAUCGUGGACGUUGCCGAAGGCUGCGCCGACGCUGUGCGGAAGCACCUCCCAGCCAUCUUGCAGAUUGUGGGAACGGGCGCCAGAGACGGCGAGGCUAAGGUGCGGGGGCAGGCCAUGUUUGCGCUGGGGGAGCUGGCGGGCAACUGCCAGCCGGAGAUGAGUGCGCACGCGCGCGAGGCGCUGCCCUGCGUCUUUGCCGCCAUGGCCGAAGACAACCCCACCCUGCAGCAGCAGGCCUGCUACGCCCUCGACUCCUUCUGCGAGCACCUUGAGGAGGAGAUAACGGAGUUUUUGGAGCCACUUUUGGCGCGGUUGAGCGAGGUGCUGGGCCGGCGAGGCAGCGUGGAGUCGCAGCUGAGUGCGCUUGGCGCAAUCUCCUCCGCAGCCGCCGCAGCCCGCACCGGGUUCCGCCCGUACGCAGCUGCCGUCCUACCCCUGCUACGAUCCUACAUGAACAUCACCGAGAGCGAUAUGCUGCCGUGCCGGGCUCGCGCGACAGAGGCAGUGGGCAUCAUCGCAUGCAACGUGGGCAAGGAAGCGAUGGGCGCCUCCAUCCCCGACUUUGUGGCAGUGGCCCUGCAGGGCAUGGCGCUGGACAGCACGGAGUUGAGGGAGUACACGAAUGGCAUGCUGGGCCACCUGGCAGAGGCGCUGGGCGAAGACUUCACCCCCUUCCUGCCCAGCGCUGUGCAGGCCGCCAUCGCAUCCUGCUCCCAGGACGACGGCGUGGCGGAGGACAAUUCAGACGAGGAGGGAACGGCGGAGACAAAGAGCGAGUCGAUCGGGUCAGAUGACGAGGCAGAUGAGGAUGAUGACGAGGAAGAUGACGAGGACCCCUCACGCAGGCUCAAUGUCAGAACAGGCGCGGCCUUUGCCCCUGGCUGCCUUAAGGCAGCGGCGACGCAGGCGCUGGGGGUGUAUGCAAGGGAGACGCUGGCGCAUUUUGCGCCGUACAUAGAGCAGACGCUGGCGGUGCUGCUGCGCAUGGCGUCCUACUUCCACGAUGAUGUGCGCGAGCAGGCCUACGAGGCGCUAUCCUUCCUGGUCGCCGCCACCACCAAGGCCUUCCCAGCCAGCGCCCAAGGUGUGUCGCCCCACACGGCGCAUGUGGUGGACGAGGCGAUGCCGGCGCUGCUGCAGGCCGUGGAGAAGGACGACGACAAGGAGGCCGUCAGCGUCGCAGUCACCGCCGCCGCCGAAAUCGUGCGCGGCUGCGGCCCCACCGCCUGCGCAAAGCACCUUGACGGCCUCAUUAAAGCCGUCACCAAGGUGGCGCGAGGGGAGGCGCUGUGCCAGGUGGCAGAGAGCGAUGACGAGGAGCCGCUGGAGGAUGAGGAGGAGAGCGAGGAGAACCCGGACGAGAACCUGCUGGUGGCGGUGGGGGAUGCGCUGCCGAUCCUGGCGCGCGCUCUGGGGCCGGACUCGUACGCGCCCAUCUUCGCGCAGUAUCAUGCCGACGUGCUGCUCAAGUGGACGCGCGCCUCCCAACCCGACGCCAUCCGCGCCGCCGGUGUCGGAGCGCUGGCGGAGGUGGCCAGGGAGCUGGGGGCCCACAUGGUGCCGUACGCGGGCCGCAUAUGGCCGAUGCUGCUGCGCGAGCUGCGCCACGACUCGGCCGCCAACCGCCGCAAUGCCGCCUUUGCCGCCGGCGUCCUCGUGCAGGCCGUGCCUGCCGCCGCCGCCCCCCACCUCCCCAACCUCCUUCAGGCGCUGCACCCGCUGUUCCGGGCAGAAGAGGAUGCCGGCACCCGUGACAAUGCAGCCGGCGCCGUCGGCCGCGUCAUCGCCACCCUCGGCGCACAGACACCCCUGGAGCAGGUGGUGCCAGUGCUGCUGGGGGCGCUGCCGCUGCAGGAGGAUCUGGAUGAGGCAGAGGCAGUGUAUGGGUCGCUCUGCGGCCUGCUGCUGCACCCCGACACCAGCCCCCGAGUCGCCCCACUCCUGCCCCAGAUCCUGCAGGUGCUGGGGGCAGUGCUGACAGUAGAGGCCGUGGCAGAGGGCGUCCGCAGGAACGUGGCGCACAGCCUUGCGCAGAUGCAGACCAAUUGCAAUGUCAGCGCGCUCCUCACCGCCCUGCCGCAGGAUCAACAGAGUGCUCUGGCCGCCUUGGCUUCCCAAGCUGCAUAGAUUUAUGUCAUUGUGCUGCAGGCUCAGUGGAGCUGGAAGUGGCCUGCAGCUGCAUGAUUGUGGUUUUCUUGUCAAUCUUUCCGAUUGUGCAUGUGACGCCAUGUUGUGAGACAUCAGCUGCCAUAGAUCUAGGACUUUGCUGUUCUUGCUGUCUGCGCAUCAUUUUAAGUAGGAACACUAAGCCUGAGCCCUUGUGAGCUAGUUAGGAAGGAUCUUUGCUGUGGCGUGUCAAAAACGUGGUGCUGAACAAAUCCGCAACUCAGGAGAUAAAGUUGUUAGGGGGUUUGUUGUAAAUGGUACUUGCCGCAUGAAACAGUGCUAGCAAGCGCUUGGCCGAGUGGUAGGAUUCAACUAGCAUGCAGCUGAUUGUAAUAGUGCUUACAGCACAC